UCCUGUCGUCGAAGCAGCCGUCAAGGGCUGUUGCCGUACUUGCGAGAGCUUCAAACACCCAUCCCAUCAUGGCGCCUGAAAAUGAAUUCCAACUCUUCACAUCGCUGCGUUACGACCCCUUGCUUCUCGAAUCACACGAGAACUCGCGGCCAAUCCUGAACUUUGUCGCUCCCUCGCCAUUCUACAUGCUUGCAUAUCACCGCGAUAGAAUGGUCGAAGCUGCGCAGCACUUUGACUUUUCUGAAGUCGAACAACGGCUGCGAGACGGGAAAGCCUUGCACGAGGAAUUGUUGAGCAGAACGAAGAGCGAGAUGGAAAAGACUGGAAAAGACCGAGCGAUGAAGCUGCGAUUAUUGUUCGAUAAAGCGGCGAACCUUACAGUCGAGUUUACCGACAUACCGGCCGUACCACUUUCUACACUCUAUCCACCCUCCUUAGACCCACCAAAUUCCAAAGGGCCACAAACUGCUGCGACUGGCUUCGAACCUUCUCCUCUGACAGGUGGAGCUCUGACUCUCGGGCCUGAUGAUUCCCUCCCCGCAUCAACGUCAACCCCUCCACCCCCACCAGAAUGGAACAUCAAGCUCGACACAGCACCCACACCGUCAUCACCGUUUACCCUGUUGAAAACUACAAAGCGAGACAUGUACGAUCAAAGCCGCGAGCGCGCUUUACCUGAGAACCCCAAAGGCCCCGCUUACCGCGAAGUCAUGCUCUACAAUGAAGUGAAUGAACUCACCGAAGGCACUCUGACAUCCCUUUAUCUAUUCCGCGGCGGUCGCUGGGUCACUCCUCCUGUCGGCGUACCGUCUGGCGAAUUCACAAGCAAGACGCUAAAAGACGACGGCGCUGAUGAAGGAGAGCUGAGAAAGCCAUUUGCUGGGCGAUGGGGCCAUUCAACAAGGAGUGCAAAAGUGGGUGCUGGAGGCCAGAGAGGUACGAGUCGGAGAUGGGCGCUUGGCAGUGGAUAUUGCAUGGAAGAGCCCGUCAGUAUCGACACGGUUCAGGUAGGCGAGGGUGUGUGGGUUAGUAAUGGAGUGAGGGGCUUUGGUUUUGGAAGAGUGGUUGAAUAAAACGCGUCUUCGUAUGAUUGCAGUAACUCAUGAUCGCACUCAUGGUCAAACCUACCCAUGUCCAUUUCCAAAUGCGUUGUUGGAUGUCUUCGUCAAAUUUCAAGGAUUUAAAAUUACCUCCGAUGUAUUGGUGCAUGCAAAAAUACAUCACAUGGCUGAGCCAUGGUUGACAUCUUGGCCAAACACGGUUCCACACUACAAUUAACAACUGC